AUGUCAGAUAGAUAUAGACCAAGAGGCCCUAGAAACCCACAACGUGGUGGUUAUCAAAGUCGAUCAUCUUAUAUACCUCAACGUCGAGACAAUCGUAAUAGAGAUAGUUACAUUCCUUCUGGCCCAAAAAGGCUGGCAGAGAGGGAUAACUAUCGACCUGACAAUGACCGAUACCAACAACAAGAGAAUAGACCUGCAUCAUCAAUACCACAUAGAGAAUCACCAUCAUCGUUAUCUGGUGCAACGGCUCUGCAUCCAUCACCCAAAGGGCCAAGAGAUUCUUAUGCAUCUGGAAUGAAAAGACCGUUGCCUUCGGGACCAGCAAGCUUCCGGAAAAGACGUGAUUUCAAUUCUAACUCCAACAGAAUACCAAUUCCAAAGGGACCAAGACAGGGAUUUAAUGAGAUGGAUGGUGGAAAUGGAAAUGGCAAUGGCAACGUUGAUAAUUAUAGAAGGGCAAGACAACCAGAGAAACAGAAAUUAUCCCUUGAACAAAUUUAUUGUAUCAAGACGACAAAUCGUCCCAAUAUAUAUCAAAGAGUUCUGCAAGUUGGUGAAGGAACAUAUGGGAAAGUAUAUAAAGCUCAACAUAAAUUAACUGGAGAAUAUGUGGCCAUGAAAAAAUUACGAUUAGAAUCAGAAAAGGAAGGAUUCCCCAUUACGGCAAUUCGAGAAAUUAAAUUAUUACAAUCAUUUGACCAUGCUAAUAUUGUUGGAUUAUUAGAAAUGAUGGUUGAAUAUAAUCAAAUAUAUAUGGUUUUCGAUUAUUUGGAUCAUGAUUUAACCGGGUUAUUAACUCAUCCAGAUUUACAAUUACAAGAAUGUCAUCGAAAAUUUAUUUUCAAACAAUUGAUGGAAGGAUUAAAUUAUUUACAUAAAAAAAGAAUAAUUCAUCGUGAUAUUAAAGGAUCAAAUAUAUUAUUAGAUAAUAUUGGACGAUUGAAAAUUGCUGAUUUUGGUCUUGCUCGUACAAUGAAAAUAGUGGGUGCUAAUGAAAAACCAGAUUAUACCAAUCGAGUAAUCACCAUAUGGUAUCGACCACCAGAAUUAUUAUUAGGGGCCACAGAUUAUGGACGAGAAGUAGAUGUAUGGGGUGUUGGUUGUUUAUUGAUUGAAUUAUAUUGUAAAAUGGCAGCAUUUAGAGGUAUGGAUGAAGUUAGUCAAUUAUGUCGAAUUUUUAAUAUUAUGGGGACUCCAACUUUACAAAAUUGGCCCGAAAUUGAUCAAUUACCAUGGUUUGAAAUGUUGAAACCGAAAAUUAACGUCAAGAGUAAAUUUGCUCAAAAAUAUAGUGAAUCAAUGUCAGUACCAGCAUUCAAAUUAGCUGAACAAUUAUUACAAUUAAAUCCUAAAUUAAGACCUACAGCUGAAGAAGCAUUAAAUCAUGAAUAUUUCCAACAAGAUCCUCAACCAAAACCAUUAUAUUUUUUGAAAGAUAUACAAGGAGAAUGGCAUGAAUUUGAAACUAAAAAAAGAAGACGUGCAGAAAGGAAAAGAAUAAAAGAAGAAGAAGAUGCUCAAUUGGCUGCUAGUAAAAAAGCUGCUGCUGCUCCUGCUGUUGCUUCUGCUCCUGCUGAGGCAAGUGCAGUAAAUUCCAUAAAGGAAGAAGUGGAUUCUGUUGAUGCCAUAACGUAUUCUGAAAAAUUAGUGAAUGGAGAUGACAAUAAGAAUAGGUCAAGUGAAAUUGAUCUGAAAAUUGUUGAUAGUGUUGAAGAGCAUAAUAAAAUGGAAGAGAAAAGUCUUGAUACUAAAACAACCUAG